CGCCGCGCGGUGUGCAUGCAGUUACUGGAACCAGGCGCGCGCGUGUGUGCUUUUCUCUCUUCUUCUACGCUCUGGCCGUCGCCUUCUUCUUCUUCCCUACCUACUUCGCCCAGCCGGUACGUUUGCGUAUACAUCGAACGUGCACAAUACGCUCUCAUCGGCCAAGUAAUCGUGGCGCGACGCGUGUAAAAAGCACACCGUCGUCGCCGCCGACGUCGAGAGCGACGUACGCGACGCGCGUGUGGCACGGUGUGGCAAUUAAAUCGUCGGCGACGAACGCGAGUGUCGGGUUACCGAGGGCAGUAACAAAUUAGCGCUAUUGGCCGAGUGGAAGAAACCGAGGAUUUCGGUGUCGCCGCGGUGUCGCGCAGCCGUCCGCCACGCGGAUCAGUUCGCGGACUAUCGACGCGCGGCAGUGUGUCUGGUGACCGUCCAUCGUGGAGUGGCAGCAACUCAUGUUGCAGUGACAGAGUGACGUUCCGUGACAGGUGCAACGUUGCAACUGCGCGAGUAAGGAGGACCGAUAAUGUCGACGAUUCGGUUAUGCCGUCGCAACGCGUCUCCGUUUGGUGGCCGAGCUACGACGAGGUGACGCACGGCGGUGACCGGACAGUAGCACCGAUUGCGGACUUAUUGGGUCGGCACCCAGUGUUUCCGCGCCCGUUCCACGGUGAGGACUACGCGUGUGUAGUGGACGUGUGACAAGUGGUGCCUCGAACUGGGAAGUCUAAAGAAGCGGCCGAGCGAUUGAUACGGAUACGUGCGACAGAGACCACGUCGUCGAGGUAAUGAGAGGAGAAGAAAAGUGAAAUAGAUCCCCCCCCCCGUUACCAUUACGUAGUGAGCCUGGGUGAAAAGGGCGACAGAGAAGGCGGCAGUGCGCGACCUUACGGGAACGAUCCGGUGUGAAUGAACAAACCGGUGCUGCACCUCGUGUGUCCCUCCGCAGUGCGGACUAUCAGCGCGCGAGCAUCGGCACAACCCGUGAGCCGGGACAACCGACGGCGACGGUUGUUUCUCGCGACCUAAUGACGACUCGCCGCUCCGUCCACCACCCUGACGUAGUUCCGUCGACAUAGCUGCACGAGGCACGCGCGGUGUGCUCGUGGCUAGGCCCCAAGAUUCGGGCCCCAUACGGAGCGCGCGCGGCGGCGACGACGUCGUCGGCGAGUUUGGCGGCUAGGACUUUGGGCUGUGGCGGCGGCAUCGACGUCGCGUCUAAAGUGGAGCGUCCGGGCAGCACGACGACGCUCAACUUCACGGAUCUGGGGAGCCCAUUCGGGGCGGGCGACCCCUGUCCGUCGAGUACCCCGACCCCGAACAGCAUGUCGGGCGGCGGUGGACCGGCCGGCGGCGGCGGUGGCGGAGGCGGCGGCGGCGGCGGUGCCGCCGGUACCGGCGGCGCCGGCUCCGAUAUGGAGCAGCAUCUUCAUCACGCGGGCCUCGGCUCGGUGACGCCCGGGCCACCCGGCGGAAACGGUGGCGACAGCACCACGUCCAGCACACCGGUCUCCCAAAGCGGCAAGUCCGCCUUCAUCGAGCUCCAGCACAACAACCUCUACAAUCCCGCGAGCCUACGCGGCGGCUACCCGGGCGGGCACAACGUGCCCGGCGCGCAUCAGUUCUCGCAUCAAGUCGGCUCGCUGGCGCACCAGGGUUCCGGGCCUGGCAGCGGGAAUCAGCAGCACGCGGACGCGGGUUUCCCCAGUCCCAGGUCCGCGUUGGCCGGAUAUCCGUUCGCGCCCAUGCACCAGCACAACGCCUACGGAUAUCACCUGGGAUCGUACGCCCCCCAAUGCCCCUCGCCGCCCAAGGACGGGUGGUGCAUGUUCGCAGACCUCUCGCCAUUGGGUGAUAAAAGCGGAAGCCUCGUCGACGAGCUCGGCGGCGGCGGCGGCGGUUCCCUCAGGAACGGCAAGGGCAAGAAAAUGAGGAAACCGAGGACGAUUUACAGCAGCCUGCAAUUGCAGCAGCUCAACAGGCGGUUCCAGAGAACGCAAUACCUCGCGCUACCGGAGAGAGCAGAGCUCGCGGCUAGUCUCGGACUCACGCAAACACAGGUGAAGAUCUGGUUUCAAAACAGAAGGAGUAAAUAUAAGAAGAUGAUGAAAGCGGCGCAGCAGGGCGGUGGUGGCGGCGGCGGGCAGCACGGCAGUCUUCUAGCAGGUGGCACCGCUCUACCUGGAGGACCAUCCCCUCAGCCAGGACAACCCGGAAGUCUCAUGCAAGGAGGGGGCGGAAGUUCCGUGUCGGGCAGCCCAACGACGGGUUAUCUCGGCGGCAUGGGCGGCGGGGGCGGCGGUCACACCCCUGGCAGCUCGAGCCCCGGAAGUGAGAUGUCGCCUCAGCACAACGAAAGCCCACCGGCACCCUCCUGGCCGGGCGAGAUGAAGCACCAUCCGCAUCCUCACGCGCCACCCCACACCCAUCAUCAUCCGCAUACGCCUGGACAUCAUCCACCACCACCGCCACCGCCGCCGCAUCACGCGGGUUACAUGCCGCAGUAUUCCUGGUACCAGGCGGACCCUAAUCCCGGACUACUCACGGUAUGGCCAGCAGUUUAACGAAGAUGUCCAUCGAACUGAGUUCAAGUGAAGCACCUCUUCGUGGCACCGCGUGGACAUACCAGCGCUCCUACCCCAAAGUGUGAAUACGUGUAGCGCCUCUCGCGAGGAAAAAUUCAAUGUUAAUAUUGUUUGUAAUCGUCUAACGAGAAACCCGCGUGCCGGUUUCCGUGCGGGCCGUCCGUCGAAGUGAGAAUUAGUACGAACAGUGCGACGUCGUAACACGCGUCUCUUAGCGAAAUAUUAAUGAUAAUAAUACUAACGACGAGAUGCAGCGCCACGAGUGCCGAUCCUGGAUCGGCAACGACAUCGGCGUUGCCGAUGAAGCUAAGCUCAAAGCUGACGAGGAGGACCGACGCUCGAGUGCAACGCAGCCAACGUUGACUGGACGUCGACGGGAGCGCCGCCGAAAAAAAAGAAGUAGGAGUCACAUAAACGAUACGCUCUCUCGUCGAGUGACUGUUCUCUCACCGACAAGUGACAUAACAUGCAUGGUUUGGUGCGCGUCGCUUCGUUGUGCCGCGGGACGUGUUCGAGCCCGGCCGUGUUUCCUACUUCCGUCCUGCGAAUCGACGUCGGUUGGAAGAAGAGAAUGUGACAACGCCGUCAUGCCGCAUGGUGAAGUAAUACGUGUUGUAAAAAGAGAGAAACGAUAGUGAUGUCAGGUAAAUCGCGGUCACGACGUAAAAUUGCCGAAAGCCGACCUGUGAUUGUUCGCGACGCGCAUUCUUACGACGACGACGACGACGACGACGACGACGACGACGACGACGACGAUGAUGAUGAUGAUGAUGAUGAUGAUGAUGAUGAUGACGAUGACGAUGACGACGAUCUGGUCGUACGUUGGUGAUCUUGAAGUUCGAUUUGUACGAAUUGGAGGGUAUCUGUAAAGCUACGCGUAUGAUUGAGUGACGUAUGUCACGACUGUAACGCUUUUCGUGUUUGGCAAGUAAUCGUUGUCGCAGAGGUAAGAAUCGUGAGGAAUCUUCUUUCGCGAGGGAAUAAAACGGCUCGUCCAUGCGCGUUCGUGUCGACUGUCGCGAUCGCGUGCAUCGGGUCUAAUUUGAUUACAACGGUUAAUUAUAAGCAAAGAUUGCCUCCGAGUAAUUAUUUUCAUUGUGAAAAUGUUGUUGUCCGCCGUUCGUCAAGCGUGGAAUUGUGUACCGGGGCUGCUCGCCCGGGUUAAUUGUUAAUCAAACGUAACACAUUACGCAAUAUAAUUAUUUUCCAGAGGAAAAUACCGAAUCGUGUGUGACGUUGCCAUCGCAAUUACGUGUUACCAAAAGUAAUCCGAUCGUCAUUAUUAGGUGUUAAUCGGUCGUGUCUGUACAUCAGAAGCCUCAAACCCACCGCGGAGGGAUUCACCGUUGUAAGAAGAGAGAACAAAAAGAAAUAACAUCCCGCGAUCAGCCGCAAUGUUCACUUCGGGGUUCCACGUUUCAGCGUUUGUGAUCUGGCCAAUUUUGGUAUUAUUCGGGAGCUGCGCUCUCUAAAGUCUUCGAGUAUCAAGUUUGAGACUUCUGAUCUACAUUGUCGCUGUCACCUUCAGUUCGCAACUAUCUUUAGAACGGAUCGAUCAGAUCCGAUGACAAAGGAUUCCUGGGGAGCUAUCAUGGAACUAUUUAUAUACGACUCCAACUUGAGAACGCGAGUUUUCGUCCAACGGCCACGUCCAACUGACCGCGAGUUGACUCGUGUACUCCUAUCGGACUCUCACAAAUCCCCGCUCAAAUUGGCUCGUUGUCACACGACCAAAAAAAGCGAUAACGAUCUUCCGCAAUCAUGAGACACGAGACCAAUUGUUUCUGCUUGAUCGACGGUUAAUCGGCGAACAUCGACGUCUCUUGGUUUUCCCGGCAGCUAAUUCGGCCGCAGGCAGGAAAGAGCACAAGCGCAUGGAUUUGUGCCGAGGGCGCAUCCCCUUUGAGCGUCCAACCAACUCGUAUCACUUGCAGACAUUGAGUUUGAGCCGCGGGAGUUUCACAGCAAACGCAAAAUUCUCCCGCUCGAGAAAGUCUUUCGGAAUAGUUCCAUGUUAACUUCCUCGCCCGGUUGAUCUCAAAUCGAACCACGGAUUCUCUCUCGGUUCUACAUCGGUGUUGACGAAUAAAGUAUUUACUAGUGUGACAAAUAAAAAAUUAUUUUCUGUCCUACAUCUGGACGAGACGAAAUGUUUGAACAACAACUCGCACAACUCCCAAAACUACUUCUUCUCCCAAGCUUGCAACGAGUCGGCGAGAAUCGACGAGAGCGCCGGCGUGCGACGCGGCGUGCCGGCAAAAAUCCCCGACCGUCGGAGGAAUGUAGAAAGUCGCAACCUGAAAAUAACGCGAAGGGAGCGCGGAUCAAGUUUGAGACCAUUGGCCUACAUCCGGUACCGUCUGUGCGCCCCGUAAAUGCUGCCCCCCGAACAAACUUAACAAACCCUGGGCGAACAAUGAGACCAGGUCGGGAUCCUUUCCAGUGCGGCUCGAUCGAGCGAUAUUUUCGUCACCUUUCUGAAGCAGGCCAGUUCGGCACGAUCGUGCAUCUCUAAAAACCAAUUUCCAUCUCCUCGCAAAUGUCAAUUGCUGAUGACGUCAGGCCGGUCGAUUCUUUGUGACAGUUACCCAACAGCCGCGAGUGCAGCCGACCUACUUCGUGCGCGGGCUGGAUCUCGCGUGAUAGACAGAGAGGGACGACAGGAUCGGCGAAGUUGCGCGGAACGGCAGACGGGCGGGCUGAAGACGGGGGAGGGGAAGGGGGGAAACAACGUUGCAUAAACUCGUUGAGCAGUCGUUCCUCAAGGCGGUUGGAAGUAAUGAAAUCCUAAUGACAUUUUCGUGAGUCAAACGAUCUCGGCAAUCACGGUGGCUCGCUGUAAUCACCGGUCCCUCCUUCCCGGAUGAGGCAACCGGCCGGGGGCCUCCUCCGAAGAGGAGAGGAGCACGCGAGAGAUGAACGGAGGAACGACAGCUCGAGGGACGAACUCCGCUGAAGAAAAAAAUCAUUAUCUCGACCGGGGCGACGCGCGGGACGCUGCCGAGGCCUGAGUUCAUUAAGAACUUCGGGAACACAAAGAGAAGACACGCUUGGAUUUCGACACCGAUCGCUUGUCCACGUAUUGCAAUACGCAGCCCCUCUUUAAUUGCCAUCACUUUCGAUGUAUAUUUUAUCUUAUAACGAGUCGAAAAUUUUUGUGUCAAGAAAAUAGUUUCAAAAAUAUUUAUUUAUUUAUAGACCUUCGCGCUCGAAAUACCAAAAGCGUAAUUUUGUUAAAUAGAAAUUUUGCGAGGGAUAUAGCU